CGCAUACAUUUAUGUAUGUACUAUAAAUCAAAUAUACGAUCCGAGAGAUCGCACGAGGACAUCGUAAAUUGCAAUAUUGAAAUUUUAUGAAAACAAAAUUGCCAGUGUGAAACAACGCUCUUGUGAACGGAUCGCUCUCUCUCUCUCUCUCUCUCUCUCUCUCUCUCUCUCUCUCUCUCUCUCUCUCUCUCUGUCUCUUUCUCCAUUUAUUUCUCUUUAAGACGUCACACGUUCGUAGAUUCAUGGUAUUAUCAUGGUCAAAAAUUCGAUCUCACUCUAAAAACAUUUCGUUCAAAGCGCGUCGCAUAAUGCCGACUAAUGUUCCACAUACGUAAUAUCGAUCGAUCGUAUCUGACCGUCUAGCUCUGACCUCGAUGCUUAACUUUAUUCAGCAUUGAUUAUUUUUGUCUCUUCGGAAGAACAGUAAAACCGCAUAAUUAUGCGUAGUGCAACCAUAAGUACUGGUUAACGACCGUAGAAUCAUAUAACGUCCUGGCAUAAUGCUAAAACGUAAUGUUUAUUUGUAACUCGACACGUGAAAACAUGUCAAACAAAUCAUGCGCCUGAUUUAUGAUUAUCGAAUCUUGAGACAACUAAUGCUUCUUCGACGAAACUCCUCCGUUUCUUAUUAUCUCCAAGCAAUAUAAUUACUGUGGCUAAAAAAAAUGUUUUCUUCCUACGUUUCAUUUCGUACAAUAUUAAUGGUAUUAUUCGUUAAGUAAUUUCUUUAAUGCAGUCGUGUUUCGACAAUGAUUUCGAUUAUCGAAGAGUUAUGGAAAACACGACUUUUGAUAAUUCGAAGUUACCAAGUGAUCGAUGGAAGAACGUUUAAAUCGUAUCCUUUCUUUCUUGAAAAGUUUCAACGUAGUAGAAAGUUCGUAAUUCUUAAGGGUAAGCAGUAACUCGUAAGCUCACACGUUUCUCUAGAGGGUGGACAGGUGCGCGCUUCAGUCGGCCGUCUGACCUCUAACCGAUAACGUGCGUUAAAAUAUGCUCAAGUGAAACGUUCUUUUACCGCUCGAAAAAAAAAACCUUGUACAAAAAUAACACUUUCGAACCUACUAUGAGAAGAAACAAAUUUAAAAGAUUCUAUUCUUUUCACAUGACUCAUUCGUUAUUUUUCACGACUUCCGUCACGAACAAUUUUCCAAAUUUAUGAACUUUUGUAAAUUAAAGCAAAAAGCUUGGAAAAGUGGUGCGUAUGAUUACUUUUCUAUCUCAAAGAACCAUCAUUUGGAAAAUAUUCAAAAAGAAAAUGCGAUUCGCUUUGAAGUGUCUUGCAUUUUAAUACAUGCAUAAUAAUUUCAUUUUACGAUCAAACUGAUAAAGAAAUUCUAGGAUCAUAACGAAACAAAAUAACUGUUAAUAUGGAAAAAUUCCUGCCAUAGGAGAAAAAGAGUAAAAAGAACAGAAAAAGUACGUCUUCUAUGAUACUUGAGCCGAAAGAUUUCAUCGAUCUUACUACCGUACAACAUUACUUUAUUAAUUUGUCCAUUGUAUUACGAAUUGAGAGAUUAAUAAGAUGACGCAGUACAGUAGUAGUGGAAGUAGCAGUAGCACGAGUAGCAGUGGCCAUCGUGAUUUUAAAGAUCGAUCAUCGAAAGCGAUCGAAGAAAAAUUAAAGGUCGCCGUACGUAUAAGGCCCCUCACUUCAGGCGAAACCUGUGGUAGAACGCUUCAUGCUAUCAACGAUAAGAUGGUCAUGCUAGAAGAAGUGGUCGGUGAGAAGUUAAAACGUUCUUUUCCACGACAAUAUCUUUUUGACGUUGUUUUUGGCGAAGAUGCAACACAGGAAGCCGUGUACAAUGGUACAACGAAAAAUUUGGUCCAAGACGUUCUCAAUGGCUACAAUGCCACGGUCUUUGCGUAUGGAGCUACGGGAGCUGGAAAAACGCACACCAUGGUCGGGACAUCGUCCGAUCCAGGGAUUAUGGUUCGAACUUUGAACGACAUUUUUCUGACGACUCAGCAACUACCGAACAACGUAGAAUUUACUGUUACCAUGUCUUACGUGGAGAUAUACAACGAAAAUAUCCGCGAUCUGUUGAACCCUACUACAGGAUAUUUGGAGUUGCGUGAGGAUUCUCGAGGUCGCAACGUUCAAGUUUCGGGUCUCACGGAAGUGUCUACUAAUUCGACCGAGGAAGUCAUGCAACUCCUUCACAAAGGCAAUAAAGCGAGAAUGGUAGAACCGACGGCUGCGAACGAAACCUCUUCGAGGAGUCACGCCCUCCUUAGCGUCACAGUCAGACAAUCCUCUUCUCCUGUUAAAGAGAGUGGACAACAUCUUCGGACGAAAUUGAAGCAGGGUAGACUCUUCAUGAUAGAUCUCGCUGGUUCGGAGAGAGCCAAACAAACUCAGAACAAAGGUAAACGUCUUCAAGAGGGUGCGCACAUUAACAGAUCAUUAUUGGCACUGAGCAACUGCAUCAAGGCGUUAUCCGGUGGAGCGAGAUUCGUGAAUUAUCGUGACUCCAAAUUGACCAGAUUGCUCAAAGAUGCUCUCGGUGGUAACUGUCGUACCGUUAUGAUAGCUCAUGUUUCACCGGCGAGCGUUCACCGCGAUGAGAGUAAAAACACCUUGAAUUACGCGGAUCGAGCGAACAAAAUUUCGAACAAGGUAGAAAGAAAUGUUCUUGAUGUUAGUUAUCUUCACGUUGCCCAAUAUCGGGACAUAAUCAGUGAUCUGAAGAGCGAGAUAUCGCGUCUGCGUAAUAAAAUGAAGGAAGACAGGCCUUCGGAUAGAUACGACGAGAAGGAGCAGGACGUUCAUGGUUCAGAUUUUAGGUCUUUGAGAGAGAGAAUUGUAUCCGCUUUUAAAGAACAAAUGCGCUUGAGGAGGAAACUCAUGGAACUGGACAGUCAUCUUCUGGGAUUAAAUAUCGCUGCGGAGCAACAGCAUUCGACGAUCUCUCAGUGGGAAUCGAGGAACAAUAGAGUGUAUGGAUCGAGCAGAGAUUCGGUAAAUCGUCGUCCUGGAACGGAUUAUCAAGUGGAAGAAGUCGAUGACAUAGAGGAUGUCCUUCUAGAGGAUACCGAUCUCGAAGAUGAUUCAUUGGUGCAUCAGGCUUGGGCAGAAUUAGCAGAGAUCUCGAAGGAACAGGAAAGGUAUGUUGAAAUGCGCGCCGCUACGGAAAAGGAGCUAGAGGCCUGCAGGAAACGAAGUGCCGCACUAGAAGAUGAACUCCCAUCUCGUAUAAAUUCGGACGAAGAACGUGAGCUUUUAGCGUUGAUGUUAAGAGUCCACGAAUUGGAAGCAGACAAAAUGAUGCUUCAAAGCGAGAGACUCGUGAAGCAACACGAACUUCGAAGACGAGAGCUUCUUCUUCUUCGUUACGAUCGACAAAGACAAAUCUCCGAUGAGAUAAUCACGAGACAGAGACGAAUAAUGGAAGACGGACGUCUGACUCUGCCACCGGAUUUGCAAAAUCUUUAUGCGCUCUAUCAACAAGAGAUCCAAGCUGCUACGUACGUAGACAGUAAUCUGGCAGAUCUGACGUUCUCAUCUCUGGCGUUUGGAGCUAAACUUCCACCUAUAUCUAGUAGAUUGAGUUAUGACACUUUUAACAACGACAGCAGAAUACCAAGCAGUUCUACAGAUUCUGAUUGGGAUCAAUCACCCUUGCCACCGAUUCAAGAACCACCCGAUGUGGAAAGAGUGAUGGGUCCUGUAGUACAGCCUUUAAUUUCUCCAGCAGUUCUCUUCCCACCGAUUCCAUCCUCAAAUUCGAGAAAUCAGAUUAGAAAACUCCGGCGCAUAGCCAGCGACGAUAGCAUGGAUUCUGUAAGAUUUUCACAAGGCAACAAUGUUCGAUAUAACGCGUUAAGAAGGACGGACGAAGGAGAAAUGCCGAGCUGAAAUCGAAGCUGAAUUUUUGAGCCUCUCGACGUCUUUCACGCGCCGUAUUUUCAAAUUUACGGUGUUCCACGUGUUCAGCAAUCGCCUCCUCUUCGUCGUCUUCAUCGAAGGUUCGAUCGUUAGACUGGAUCACUAAACGACUGCUUCUCAAUCUUGUACGAAGUAUUCUAGGAUCGUCUUGAGGAUCAAUGACCUCACGGACGAUAUUAAAAGCACGAAAUCUUUCCCGAGGGUUCAUGUUCGACGAAUAAGCUUGUUCCCACGGUGUCGAUACUCUACGAUCAGACAUUUCCAACGAUUCCCUAUGAUACUUGCUCUCCGUGGAACGGUUAUACUCCCAUGAUUUGUCGUCGAGCUCGUCUUUUUUGUUGAACUCUUGUUUCUUAUCGUCGUUCGUUGUCUAAGAAAUGAUUAGUGAUCGACCGUUUAACUUAACAAUUAUAAAAGAUGAUAUUUUUCAUGAAUAGUAAUCUAGAAAUGAGUAGGAUGAUUCUAGUAUAUAAGGCGAUUGUUACAAGAAGAUAUUCUUACUUUUUCAAAUUUAACAGUAUUCUUGUUAUUAUUAUGUUCUACUUUCGAUUCAGGUAAUUCGGUUGUCUCGUCUUCAAUUUCCGAAGUGUGCGCCGUCGCGCUGUUAUUCCUAAUUGAGGGAUCCAACCAUUGAUCCAUGGCCGAAUUUUCAACACUCCACAUGUUCAAUAUCAUAUCCCAGUCCUUUUUUCUGUCGUUCCAAUAUGUCAUGGUCUGACCGAAUACCAAAUUGCUGACACAUAACUUACAACGACCGAAGUACUACACUAUCGAAGUAAAUCGAUUGCCAAUUAAAUUGAGCAGUAAUAUAGAAAUAAAAUGAUACGUAGGUAUAUUAUUUGUAUAUAGAGACAUUAAUUCGUACGCUUAUUAUCAAGAAAUGUUUGCAAAUUUUACCGAUUUCGGCCUAAUUUCCGUGUCGGUCAUGUCGUAAUGACGAAACUUUUCCAUCUUAUUUACGAUUCCAUUUAUAAUACUAUUUAAAUACAAUUUCAUUGCUUUUUGGCAUUUUCCAGUCAUGUACAUUGGAAAUGUUCGUUCCAAAUAUUGCAAAAAACUCAUUUCGAAAUUCUAAAGGUAAAAGAAAUAUUUAUAAUUUUACGAACAGAGUACGCGCAUUUACUGACAAUGACGAUGAAAUAAUUAAUGGUUAUUCGGAUUAUAGUCGAAUAUUCAUUAACAAAAUUAAUAACGCGCUCAAUAAUUUUGUAAAGAUGUCUUCGUGAAUAGUAUUAUAUAUUAAUACAUAGUAAUAAACUAUUGAAUUGCA